UUGCAACUCUCUUUGUGUUACGUUCUGUAUAAACUAGGAAAUUAGAUGAGUUACUUCACGUGCUUUGCAGAGAUAACUUCAAAAAGAAAAAGAAAAACAAAAGUUUAGAGGCCCGUGAGUCUGUGGCAUCUCUCUCUUUGCAAAACGUUUGCACGGACGCGUGACACGUGAGCAUGGUUGUACAUUAGAGACAAAAAGCUGCCCUCUUUCCUCCUUCCAUUAUUGUUGAGUUACACAGUUUCUUGGUUUUUUUUUUCUUGAUGGUUUAAUCUACUCACGAAAACACUAUACUUUCUCUUCAGGGCAUUGACAAAUUUUCCAGCUUAAACUUGUAGGAUCAGUGUUUUAUCGGGAGUAAAUGGCUACUUUUCAUUCUGUUAAAGAUGCAGUGAAACUCUUGGAUGCUGGUUUCGCUGGAGGAAAACAUCUCAACAAUAGGCAAGAACAGGGAGUUUUGGCCGAAGAGACAAAUCUCUGUUUCUGGAAUAAAGAGAUUAACAAGUUGAAAGAAAAAAUAAAGAAUGCUGAUAUGGCGAAGACUGAGGCUUUGUUAGAGCUUGAGGAAGCUAAGAAAACGAUUGAGCAUCUCAAUCACAAGCUGGGGAUUAGGAGGAACAUGAGAAAUGAUAAAGAAGCUUUAGAUUUGAGUAGUAAUGUGAGAGUUGUGACUUCGGAGCUAGGCUUUGCCAAGGUAUUGCUUCAAAGAGUAGCUGAGGAGGAGGAGAGUCAAUUGGGAAUUAGGCAGAAUAUGAGAAAUGAGAAAGCUUUAGAUUUGAGUGGUAAUGUGAGCGUUGUGACUUCGGAGCUAGGCGUUGCUAAGGAAUCGCUUCAUAGAGUAGCUGAAGAGGAGAGUGAAUUGUUCAUGUUAAUGGAGUCUCUUAAGCUCGAGCUUCAAAACGUGAAGAAAGAACAUUCACAGCUUAAAGAGAAUGAGCAGAGAGAAACAGAUCAAGCCAUUGAGGAGCUGAAGAAAGAAGCCGAAGAUGCAAAGACCGAACUCUUGCUGCUCGAAGAAGAGCUCAAGAUUGCUCUAUUCGAGGCUGAAGAAGAAGGAAAACCUGCAGAGGAACACGGCAAGGAGCGCUUAAAUGUUCAAGAGACUUUGGAUCCACAAUCUGAUGAAAGAGUUGUAGCUGAGGUGAAAGAAAGUGUUGGUGAACUAACUGAGACGGAAGCAUUAAGAGCUUGCAGAGAUGAACUACUCAAGAAACUAGAGAUGAGUGAGAGAGAGAUUGAAGAUAUAAAAGCUGCAACACAAGAUGCUUUGAAGAAAGCAGAGAUGGCUAAAGAAGCCACAGUUGUCGUGGACGCAGAGCUUAAACGACGGCGUAAAGCAGCGAGUAGGAUCUUGGCAGAAUCCAAAAUGUGUGCCAAAUCAUUUCCCUCUGCAAAGGAAGUGCACAAGUCAAAAACGAGAUCCAAAGAAACUUGUUUGGUCAAGUGUUAGAGGAAUCUGCUUCAACUUUUGUAAUUGUGAAAAUCUCUCAACUCAUAGAUAGAAUAAGUCACUGUGUUCCAAAGUAGGAAGCGUAAUAAGGUGUUGAUCGACCGGCGAUUUGGAAUUUUGUAAAGAGUUCAAUAAACGUAAAGUUUAUUCUAGAUUGUAUAAUAUCCGGAUUGAGUGGAAAAAGUU